UGAACCCUCUUGCGUUCGCGCUUGAUGAAGCGUACAGCACGGAGCGCCUAACCAGCUGCAGGUGACCCGUUUCGGAAAGUGGUGAGGAAGGGAGAGGGGGGAAAAAAGAGCUCAAACCAUGAAGACGACGACCGACCAGGGACCGGUGGUGAUGGUUGGAAACGGUGUGGAAGAGACGGCUGAACUGCGGACGACCAGCAUUGCCACCGUGACGCGGUGGCUGCUCGACGAGCGGCCCGAUCUGGUCAUCCCCGAGGGCUCGCGGUUGAUACUGUUCUUCCUGCGUACGACCAAGUACGACCUGGACAAAGCCAAGCGGAAGCUAAUGACGUUUCUAAACAACAGAGAGAAACUCACGGAAUGGUUUAAAGACCGGGAUCCGUUCCGGCCCGAGAUACAGGAGCUGCUGGACAUUGGGGUGUUUCUGCCGCUGCACCAGAAGGACGCACUGAACCGGCAGGUGGUGGUCAUCCGCACCGCCGCACACGAUCCCGAGAAGCACAAGCAGGACGAUGUGUUCAAGGUGGACAAAAUGAUACUGGAUCUGCUGAUGCACCUGGACGAGACGGUUUCCGUGCACGGGGUGGUGGCCAUAUUCGAUAUGCAGGGCGUCACGCUUGGCCACGCACUGCAGCUAACGCCGUCCAUGAUUAAAAAAUCCGUCGAAAGCUGGGAGAACUACCCCUGCAAACCGAAGCUGCUCGAGUUCGUUAACGUACCUGUGCACGUGAACAUCGUGCUGAACGUGUUUAGGAGUUUCAUGAGCGCGAAGAUGCGCGAACGCGUCACCAUCUCGCGCAAGGGUUCGUCGCUGGAGCAGUCGAUCACAUUGCCGCUCGAGCUGGGCGGUAACGGGGAGAGCUAUUACGAGCUUUCCGAGCACUGGAAGCAAAUGGUACAGGACAAUGCGUCGUUCUACUCCAAAAUGGAGGAGAACGUGUUCCACUUAUAGGGAUAGGGGUUAGGGAUGAUGAGCAGCGCUACUUUGAAUGAAUCAUAUUCUAUUGGAAUAAGGUUCCGCGGGGCUACGCGGAAUAGAUGUUAAGCGUGUCUAAAUGACUUUUAGAAUACAUUUUUUAAGCACAUUUUAGUGUGAACACAGCUAAA